UUAAUUUUGUUUUGUGCAGACGUAUGUUGGAAAUGAUUUUAUUGUUUUAUAAAUAAUUUAGUAACAGAAAUGGGUAACGCGGAUACAAAAUUAAAUUUUAGGAAAGCUGUUGUUCAGCUCACAUCAAAAUCUCAGCCUAUCGAAGCGACUGAUGACACUUUUUGGGAUCAAUUCUGGUCAGAGACUGUUACAAAUGUACAAGAUGUAUUCGCUUUGGUACCUGGGGCGGAGAUACGUGCAUUACGUGAGGAGUCACCAAACAAUUUAGCUACACUAGUAUACAAGGCUGUUGAGAAGUUAGCUAAAAUUGUUGAUAGUAGCUGUAGAACUCAGCGUGAACAACAAACAGCCUUGAAUGUGGCACGAUUGCUGACCCGAGUGCUGCCUUACAUGUUGGAAGAACCGGAAUGGCAAAGCUUCUUCUGGUCUUUGUUGCCAUCUGCGUCUGAGAACGAAUCAAUUCCUCUAGCACAAUCGCUCAUCAAUGCUAUUUGUGAUCUCCUCUUUUGUCCAGAUUUCACAGUCGUAAGCACAAAGAGAUCAGGACCAGAGCGCGCGGAGGAGCUGUCGUCGCUGGACAGCUGCGAGUACAUCUGGGCGGGCGGCGUGGGCUUCGCGCGCAGCCCGGCGCGCAGCUCGGCGCACGAGGCGGCGCGCGCCGAGCUGCUGCGCCUGCUGCUCACGUGCUGCAGCGAGACCGUGUACAAGCCGGCCGCGCUGGCCGCCUCGCACCACAACAAGUGGAUCGCAUAUUUAACAAGUUCCGAGAACCGUCACGCGUUGCCUCUGUUCACUUCGUUACUGAACACGGUGUGCUCGUAUGAUCCGGUCGGGCUCGGUCUUCCAUACAAUCAUUUGCUGUUCGCCGAUACCCUCGAGCCCUUGGUUGAGGUAGCGCUCCAAGUUUUGAUCGUGACGUUAGACCAUGACACGAGUAACGCGGUCAACGAGGAUUCGGACGAGCGGCUUCCGGAUAACCUCUUCAUCAACUACCUAUCCCGCAUCCACCGCGAUGAAGACUUUCAGUUCGCUCUGCGCGGCGUGACAAGACUCCUCAAUAAUCCUCUUCAGCAGACCUACCUCCCUAAUUCAAGCAAAAAGGUGGCCCUACAUCAGGAGUUACUGGUCUUGUUUUGGAAGAUGUGUGACUACAAUAAGAAAUUCAUGUACUACGUGUUGAAAAGCAGUGACGUCCUCGAAGUUCUGGUGCCGAUAUUGUAUCACCUAAACGACUCACGCGCAGACCAGUCGCGCGUUGGCCUGAUGCACAUUGGUGUGUUCAUCUUGCUGCUCCUGUCUGGCGAGAGGAACUUCGGCGUUCGUCUUAACAAGCCGUACACCGCCACCGUACCCAUGGACAUCCCGGUGUUCACCGGCACACAUGCGGACCUGUUGGUCGUCGUCUUCCACAAGAUCAUCACCACUGGCCACCAGAGACUGCAGCCGUUAUUCGAUUGUCUGCUCACGAUCCUCGUUAAUGUAUCGCCAUACUUGAAGACACUCUCGAUGGUGUCCUCGACGAAGCUUCUCCAUUUGCUCGAGGCGUUCAGCACACCCUGGUUCCUGUUCUCGAGGCCCCAUCACCAUCACCUCGUCUUCUUCCUCUUGGAGAUGUUCAACAACAUGAUUCAGUAUCAGUUCGACGGAAACUCCAACUUGGUGUACACGAUCAUCCGCAAGCGAGGCGUGUUCCACGCGCUCGCCAACCUCCCGCACGAGCACGCCGCCAUCGCGCGCUCCCUGGCCGCCGCGCGCGCGCCGCCCGCCGCCGGCGAGGCGCUGCCGAGGUCCCGCAGCGCCGAGUCGGUGGCGGAAGCUGCGAUGGAGGGAUCGCGACCUGCGCAACCUGCAGAGCCCGGCACGCUGAAUGCCACGUUGCCCGACACACCAGUGCAAUUUGUGUACAACGAAGCGAUCGCGACGAUGACGGAGCGCGAGUCGGCGCACCCGCCGGCGCGCGAGCAGCUGCUGCCGCGCCGCGACGGCGACGGAGAGGACCGCAGCCCCGAGCGCGCGCGCGUCGCGCAGAAGGACGGGCUGCGCGUGGGCGCGGAGGCGGGCGGCGCGGGGGAGGGCGAGUGGCGGCCCAGCGGGGAGUGGGUGUCGAGUUGGCGCGGCCGCCUGCCGCUGCAGACCAUCAUGCGCCUGCUGCAGGUGCUCGUGCCGCAGGUCGAGAAGAUAUGCAUCGACAAAGGUCUGACAGACGAGUCCGAGAUCCUGCGCUUCCUGCAGCACGGCACGCUGGUGGGGCUGCUGCCCGUGCCGCACCCCAUCCUCAUCCGCAAGUACCAGGCCAACGCGGGCACGGCGGCCUGGUUCCGGACCUAUAUGUGGGGAGUUAUAUACAUACGUAAUGUGGACCCGCCGAUAUGGUACGACACGGACGUGAAGCUGUUCGAGAUACAGCGAGUAUGAUCGUAUGUCUCGCUCACGCACAUAGUUACAAUUUGUAAUAUCGUAUUGAAUAGAAUAAUUUCAUAUAUGUUGUUGAAACAUCACAUCGCUGGGUCAAAUUUAUUUAUUGCACUUGAAGGUAAAUACAUAAAAUAUAUUUAUGAAUAUGUUAUUUAAUGAUGAUAGAAUGUAAGUAGGAGCAUCUGUUCGUAGUUUUCGUCGUUCUAAAAUCUGUUUACAUUUUGUACAAUUCAAUGAAACGAAUAUGAAAAUUUCACCUUCUAGAUAUUUGUAUAUAACACUUGAAUACACAUAAGCGUUGCCAAUAAUAUAUGUAUGUGGGUAAAUGCUUUUAUAUUUGUGAAUAUUGACUCUUUUUUUUUAUUAAAUUUUAUCUGCUUUACUUAUAAACGUUUAGUGGGUUUUAACACUGAUUUCUGUCAUCAUCGACUCAAAUUAGAAAAAAAACGGCAUUGUUUUGCGAAUUAUUCCCCCUUAAAGAAGCCCCCUAUGUAAAGGCGGUAUACUGAAUAUUACUAUAAUUAAUUAGCCUUAAUAGCUUUUUCACGCUUCACUCAGAUAAGCUGCAUAUAUUGAAUAGUGUAUUUCAAGCACUGCUGCUUUCUAGUUUAUAGCCUGACAUUUUUAAUCUAUAUCUUGAUUAGCACAGGUUACCUCGACCUAAUUUUAAUAUUUUAAAAUUUAUUUUAAGUGGCCCGAAUCAUUGUUUUUAAAAAAAAAACAAAUAAAAAAAAGUUCGCAGCAGUACAUACACGCAGAGAACCAAUCGGUGCAAUAUACAAAACCUCAACAAAUAUGUAGGUUUUAUGCAGUAGGUCCUAUGCUUUUGUUAUAUAUAAACAUAGUACUUAAAAAGUCGAUAAAUGAUUAUUUUAAUGUUGUAUAACUGUCUAAAUUAUUUAGAAAUUGUAACAAAAAUGUUACUGCAACUUGAAAGUAGUUAUGGGGAUGUAAUCAAUUGAAAAAUAUAACAUCCAUCGAUCUCAUGUGUGCAAUGUUUACCAAUUAUAAUUAUUAUGAAAUGCUUUCGGUGUUGCAAUCCUAAAUUUGCCACCAAGGUGAAAUAUUUCAUAGCAAUAUUUUCAGAAAAAAAAAUUACACGCAAGUCAUAUUUAAAUAUAUGCACUAGUUCUUCAGUAAUAUGACAGAGAACGGGUAAUUUUUCACACCUGUGCAAUUGAAAAUUACUAGAAAGACAUUUACUAAUUUUCUUGUAUUAAUAAGCAUUAUUAAAAGCAUAACAACCGCAAUUUUGAAACGGAACAUUUUCUAUCCGAUUACAAAAAUCGAUAAUCGAUUCUACAUACCGAUUAAAGUAUAGAUUCAAUAAUCGAAUAAUCCGGUGGACAGAGUAUAACAAAAUCUUGACAGUUCUAAGACUGUCGUUUUGGUUUCGCAUUAGAAAGAGAUAGUAAUAGUAAAUAAUAAUGCCAGCUAUAAACUAGGAAUCUCAAUCACCAAUGAGCUAGUUUACAAAACAAAUGAACAUGACGCAGUAUAUAAUAUUAUUUUAGUACUAUGCCAAGAAUAAAAUUAGUUUUAUCGAAUAAUUUUUUAAUCUUAUAUUUAAGUCUUCAUUAGUCAGUCGCUAUAUUUGCAUGUUAUUCAUGUAUACUAAUAUCUUAUGUAAAAUAGUGAGAUUAUAAAUUUAAACGUUGAUUUAUUAUUCCAAAUUAUAUUUAAAUGUAGUACCUGUCGUAAUGACUUUGAUGUAACGAAUGAAUGAAAUUUAAAUUAUGUUCUAUAUUUAAAAUUAUCGACUAAUUGUACUUACCUAAAUAGGAAUCGAAAAAUACGUAAUAUAAACAUGAAAGCCUGUUUUAUUUAUAUUUUAAUAUUUCCUUCUUCAACAAUCUAUUUUAUUAUAUAUUUUUUUUAGUGUCGUCCCCUCAUGGGAAAUAUAAAUUUUAAAUAUGAAAAUCUUUACCAAAAGGCAAGGCAAAAGUAUUGCACCAUACAGCCUGUUCAUUAUUUUGCCGUGUGACAAUUUUGUAUUCGAUUUGUCGAUUUAAAAUGUUUGUUAUAGUCUUAAUCAAUUUUUAACCGAAUAUUAAUGUGAUAAUGGUCUAUAUAUAUUUUGUUUUUAAUUUUAAUCUUAAAAUUUAUAUCAAGUGACAGGUAUUUCAAUGUGUAAACGUUAUUUAAGGCUCAUAAUAUUGAAUUUGACUCCUAGUCAUAUGCGUUUUUCUUUGUUCUAUUUAAUUUAGUGUGUAAUAUCAGUAUUGCAUUUCAUUUUGUGGGUAUGUUUGCUACUAUUGGUCUUUAUACACAUUCCAUUUUAUAUUCUGUGUUUUUUUUAUUAGAAUAUUCCAUUAGAAUUUUGUUUGUUUUUUUGUUUACCAAAUGAUUAAUAAAAAAAAUAAUUUUCAAUAAAUGCACUACCUGUUUAUAAAUAAUUAUAACUAGCAUUGUUUAGUUAGAGUAAAUAUAUUUGUUUUAUAAUAUCACUAAUGUACUUAAUGUUAUUAAUUUAAAUACAUGGAACCGUGAGCUUAAUUUUAUUUAUUUUAUCCUUCCUUAAUUAAACCCAUUACCCCAACUUUUUUUUAUUACUUAAUUGAUGGUUGAUUGAAAUUAAUUCUAAAAUUUGCCUGUUUUCGUCAACGCAUAGCGCACAAACUGAACCAUACAACUAAAGAGGGCCAACUACGUAUUACAGUACCAGCUACUUCGAUCAGAACUGUGUUAUUGUUAUGCAGGACCCCCCCCCCCCCAGUCAUCCAGUUUUUGGUGCUUAUUCCGCCACGUUGCUCCUGCUUGGAUAUUAGUUCCGCCGAGCAUGAUAUUCGUUAUAAACACUAAUUUAAUUAAGCUUGCGACGCUAGUCUUUACUCCUAUGAAUAAUUAUUUUAGUAUAAUUUUAAUCGUUUUUUGGUUGACAUUUUAAAUAAGAAUUUUUAUAAAUUAUUUAAUCAUUAAAAUAAAAGAUGUGAUACA